AUGUUGGGGAAGAGUGAAUGUAGUCAUAUGGAAGUACAAUGUUUGACCUUCUCCAUUGGGUAUCGGGUUCAGAAUUUCUUCUUCUUGACUUUAGCAGUUGCAGAAGCUCUGCUCCUGACAUCUAUAGCCUAUGACCAUCAUGUGGCUAUUUGUGUUAAACUCCACUAUCUCAUUUGUAUAAGCCAAGGAAAGUGUGUGCUGAUGAUCACAGGAUCUUGGAUAAUGGGCUCUAUCAAUGCCUGUGCCCACACUGCAUAUGAACUCCACAUCCCUUAUUGCCAGUCCAGGGACAUAAAUCCUUUGAAGUGUGAUGUCCCAGCCAUGCUGACUCUGGCAUGCAUGGGCACCUGGGUCUCUGAUUGCACAGUGUUUGUGAGCACUGCCCUCUUCCUUGUGUUUCCUUUCAGUGGUAUCACAUGUUCCUAUGGCCAGGUUCUCCUUGCUGUUCACUGCAUGCAGUCAAUGGAAGGGAGGAAAAGGGCCCAAUUGACAUGUAGUAUCCACCUCACUGUUGUGACUUUCUACCAUGAACCAUUUGCUUACACCUAUCUAAGCACUAGAUGCCUCCAAUCUCCAACAGAGGACAAGGUUCUGGCUGUCUUCUAUGUCAUCCUCACCCUCAUGCUCAACCCUAUCAUCUGCAGCCUGAGAAACAAGAAGGUGGUAGGGGCCCUGAGAAGAGUGACUCAGAGAAUGUGUUAUCUUAAGGGGUAG